GGAGGGAGGACGCAGCGCCGCGCCGCCCGCGCCGGAGACCUUCGCCUCGCCCCGGCUCCUCACCGUCUGGGAGGAACAUGGAUAAUCUCAGUGAUACCUUGAAAAAGCUGAAGAUAACAGCUGUUGACAGAACUGAGGACAGUUUGGAAGGAUGCUUGGAUUGUCUGCUGCAAGCGCUGGCUCAAAAUAAUAUGGAAACAAGUGAAAAAAUCCAGGGAAGUGGAAUACUUCAACUGUUUGCAAGUCUGUUGAUCCCACAGUCUUCCUGCACAGCCAAAGUAGCUAACAUCAUAGCAGAAGUAGCCAAAAAUGAAUUUAUGCGAAUUCCAUGUGUGGAUGCUGGAUUGAUUUCACCACUGGUGCAGCUGCUAAAUAGCAAAGACCAGGAAGUGCUGCUUCAAACGGGCAGGGCUCUAGGAAACAUAUGUUAUGAUAGCCAUGAGGGCAGAAGUGCAGUUGACCAAGCAGGUGGUGCACAGAUUGUAAUUGAUCAUUUAAGGUCACUGUGCAGUAUAACAGAUCCCGCCAAUGAGAAGCUCUUGACUGUCUUUUGUGGCAUGCUGAUGAACUAUAGCAAUGAGAAUGAUUCCCUUCAAGCUCAGCUUAUCAAUAUGGGUGUUAUUCCUACCUUAGUGAAAUUACUGGGUAUCCACUGCCAAAAUGCAGCUCUUACAGAAAUGUGUCUUGUUGCAUUUGGCAAUUUAGCAGAGCUUGAGUCAAGUAAAGAACAGUUUGCUGGUACAAAUAUUGCUGAAGAGCUGGUAAAACUCUUCAAGAAACAAAUAGAACAUGAUAAGAGGGAAAUGAUUUUUGAAGUUCUUGCUCCAUUGGCAGAAAAUGAUGCCAUUAAACUACAGCUGGUUGAAGCAGGCCUGGUGGAAUGUCUCCUGGAGAUUGUUCAACAGAAAGUGGAUAGUGACAAAGAAGAUGAUAUUGCUGAGCUCAAAACUGCUUCAGAUCUAAUGGUUUUACUGCUUCUUGGAGAUGAAUCCAUGCAGAAAUUAUUUGAAGGAGGAAAAGGGAAUGUGUUUCAGAGGGUGCUGUCCUGGAUCCCAUCAAGCAACCACCAGCUGCAGCUUGCUGGAGCGCUGGCAAUUGCAAAUUUUGCCAGAAAUGAUGGAAAUUGUAUCCAUAUGGUAGACCAUGGGAUUGUAGAAAAGCUUAUGGAUUUACUGGACAGACAUGUGGAAGAUGGAAAUGUAACUGUGCAGCAUGCCGCCCUCAGUGCCCUCAGAAACCUUGCCAUUCCAGUUGUAAAUAAAGCAAAGAUGUUAUCAGCUGGAGUCACAGAGGCAGUUUUGAAAUUCCUUAAGUCUGAAAUGCCCCCGGUUCAAUUCAAACUUCUGGGAACAUUAAGAAUGUUAAUAGAUGCACAAGCAGAAGCUGCUGAACAACUGGGAAAGAAUGUUAAAUUAGUAGAGCGUUUGGUGGAAUGGUGUGAAGCCAAAGAUCACGCUGGAGUGAUGGGGGAGUCAAACAGACUGCUCUCUGCUCUCAUACGGCACAGUAAAUCAAAAGAUGUGAUUAAAACCAUUGUACAGAGUGGUGGCAUCAAGCAUCUAGUUACCAUGGCAACCAGUGAACAUGUAAUAAUGCAGAAUGAAGCCCUUGUUGCUUUGGCACUAAUAGCAGCUUUAGAAUUGGGCACUGCUGAGAAAGAUCUAGAGAGUGCUAAACUGGUACAGAUUUUACACAGACUGCUAGAAGAUGAGAGAAGUGCUCCUGAAAUCAAAUAUAAUUCCAUGGUCCUGAUCUGUGCUCUUAUGGGAUCUGAGUCGCUACACAAGGAAGUACAGGAUUUGGCCUUUCUAGAUGUUGUAUCCAAACUUCGCAGUCAUGAGAACAAAAGUGUUGCCCAACAGGCCUCUCUCACAGAGCAGAGACUUACUGUGGAAAGCUGAGAACUGCCUCUCCCUGGUACAUGGCAUCAUCCCAUCUCUCACUGCCCCUUUGUCCUCCAUCCAGCUGCCUCUUCUGCUUCAUUCUCUACCAUGUCACUUGUGCAUGCGUGUAAUGUCCCAAUACCUAUUGAAGAACUGCUGUAGGUACCUGCCCAAUAAGAUUUCUAAACCUAUAGUUAGUGUGAACAUGAAUUUGUCAAAAACAAGUCUCCACCCAUAACUGUUCUCUUGUAUUCCCAUUGCUUGAGCUACAUUAAGUAGAAUGUGCAUGUUGUAGUCCUAUGAUGAUGUAAACUUGGUACUACAUAAUGACUUGCUCCUCACACUUGGUAAACUACAUAAUAAUGUACUGGUAAAUUAGAAACAAGCAAGAAUGCAGCAGGAUCUGUCUAGCUUAUUAAAGAUGGAAUUGAAUAGUAAAAAUAGCUCCAUUUUUUUUGGUGCUUGGGAAGCACAGUGACCAAAAAACUGUAUGGCUGCUCAUUCAUUAGUCUUACCUACUAAUGUCAAGCCCAUGGUACCUAGAGUUAAAUAAAAUCCAGUGCUCUCACUCUUUA